AUGAACAGUUUGAUGAAUGAAGAUGAAUCGAUCGACAUUGAUUCAGACGGCAACUUCAAUGAUGGAGAAAAUCCUGUUGACGAUGCUGAUGCUCCUGCUGCUGCUUCUGCAGAUGAUGAUGAUGAUGAUGAUGAUGAUGAUGAUUACGACAUCCAUUAUUUAGAGGAAGAGGGAGAAGUUGGAGAGGACAGGGAAAUGCCUAAUGAGUUCAAUGGAGAAGAACUUAUAAUUGGUCCAAUUACUGGGAUGCGGUUCAGUAGUAAGGAUGUUCUGUUUGAUUUUUACAAAGAACAUGCAAGAUUAUCGGGUUUUUGCAUUGUCAAAAGAACAUCCAACAAAAAAGGUGGUGAUAUUGUUAGAGUCGCUGAAGUACUUGCUGGUGGCCCCGAAAAUCUGGGUUGUACACCAAAGGACUGUAGAAAUUAUAUCUUGAAGAGUAGAAAGCUUCAGUUGCAAGAAGGGGAUGCACAAUCAUUACUCAAGUUCUUCAGUGACAUGCAGCAAAAAGAUAUGGAAUUUUACUACUCCAUAGAUGUGGAUAGUUUUGGUCGACUUCGUAAUGUUGUAUGGGUUCAUUCACACUCUAAGGUUGCAUAUGAGGAGUUCCAUGAUGUAAUAUGCCUUGAUACCACAUACCUUGUGAAUCGAUACAAUAUGCCAUUUGCUUCAUUUGUUGGUGUCAAUCAGCAUAGGCAAUCCAUACUUUUGGGAUGUGCUCUUAUGUCUAGUGAGGAUAUAACAAGUUACAAAAUGGUGCUAUCUACAUGGCUUGGGGCUCUAAACAAUGUUCAUCCAUUAGCUAUCAUGACUCACCAAUGUGAUAGUAUUAAGGCUGCCAUUAGUGCUAUGAUGCCAAAUACAAUACAUAGAUAUUGUAUAUGGCACAUAUUCGCAAAGUUGCCUACGAAGUUAAGCGGAGUUCUUGAUGGUAAGAUUGCAAAGGCAGAAUUUAAGGCUUUAGUCCUUGAUAGCAUUAACGUUGCCGAGUUUGAGAGACGAUGGACUGAUUUUAUUGAAAAAUAUAACUUAGAGGAAAGGGAUUGGUUUUAUAAGCUUAUUUGGAGAAGGAGAAAUGGGUUCCGAUAUACCUAA